UUACGAAUUACGAACGAAGACUAAGAUUUAAAGAAGCUUAUGAUUAUACGAUUACGACUUGAAGACUAUAAAACUUUUUAUUUACAUUAUUCAACAUGCCGCCGAAACGAGUAAAAGAUGAUGAUGAUUGUGGUGAACCAUCGCCGCGUAUUUCCUUCAAUGACUUAGAGAAAUCAAUGACGCCAUUUUCGGGUGAUGAUGCCUAUGGCAUCGAAACAUUCGUAAAAGAUUUUGAAGAUAUUUCCUCUUUAAUGCAAUGGGGCGAAAUAGAAAAACUCAUAUUUUCGAAGCGGCUUCUCGCGGGAACCGCCAAGCUAUUUUUACGUUCACUAAGUGGGACCACCACGUGGGAUACACUUAAGUCUGAGCUCCGUGAGGAAUUUGGUAAGAAGUUGAACAGUGCAACUGUUCACAAGAGACUUUCAACUCGCCGGAUGAAGAUGAAUGAGACUCAUCAGCAAUAUUUUUUACAUAUGAAGGAACUUGCAGUACUUGGGAAUGUUGAAGAUGAAGCCCUGAUGGAAUAUGUCAUCGACGGUAUUAAAGACAGUGAGUCCAACAAAAAUAUUUUAUAUGGCGCUUGUAACAUUAAAGAAUUCAGAAAGAAAUUAGACAUUUAUUCAGAAAUUAAGAAAAAAUCAUAUUCACCUAAUAAGAUUCAAAGUAAUUCAGUAUCAAAGUCCAUUGGCAUGAAAAUUCAAAAAACACUACGAGUAAAGAGAUGUUUCAAUUGUGGAGAUUUAGAUCAUGAGUCGCCUAAUUGUACUAAAGGCAUUAAAUGUUUUAAAUGCAACUUGUUUGGCCAUAAAUCAACUGAAUGUUCUAAAAGUAUAAAAAAGAGUUUGGAAAUUAUGUCAACUAAAAAUAAUAUUGAUGUGAGACCUUUCAAGAAGCUGAAAAUAAAUAAUAUUGAUGUAGAAGCCCUGAUUGAUACCGGAAGCGAUGCUAAUUUAAUAAUUAUGUCUUAUUUUAGGAAGAUUCAAGGUGAAAAAUUGUUAUCUUAUAGUUCAGGAACCACAGAAACUUUAACUGGAAUAGCUGAAAAGGAAAUUUAUACAAAAGGAUCUUUCACAGCAAAAAUUGAAAUUGAUGAUUGUUAUUUUGAAACUUUAUUUUAUGUUGUUGAUGAUGGCGCUAUCCCUGUCAACAUUAUAUUAGGAAAUCCUGUACUGAAAGAAGUAGAAAUCAAUUUUAAAUCUGGAACUAUCACUGCAACAAGAAUAUUACACCUUACAAUGCUAGAGAAUGAAAAUGAAGAUAUCACAAAUAUUGAAAACAAAGAAUAUAAGAAUAAAAUACAGAAUAUUAUAAAAGAAUAUAACCCCAAAAGAUGUACUAAAGCAUCAAAUGUAAAACUUAAAAUAUUAUUAACCGAUGAUGUACCAGUUUAUCAGAAUCCACGACGAUUGUCACCUUUGGAGCUUAACAUUGUUGACAAACAGAUUAAAGAAUGGCUUGAUGAAGGAAUAAUAAAAACAAAAGGUGAAAUUAAACCUUCAGUGAAGAAAAUUGCCGCUGUAGAACAUUUUCAGACUCCUCACAAUAUAAAGUCACUUCAAAGUUUCCUCGGACUAACAGGUUAUUUUAGAAAGUUUAUAAAGGAUUAUUCUUUAAUAGCAAAACCUCUGACUGAUUUACUAAAGAAAGGUACUGUUUUUAAUUUUAACUUAGACUGUGAAAAAGCAUUUCAGAAAUUAAAGUUUAUUUUAUGUCAAUCUCCAGUUUUGAAGAUUUAUGAUCCGAAUUUAGAAACAGAACUACACACAGAUGCAAGUGCUGAAGGAUAUGGUGCUGUAUUAUUGCAAAGGAGUUUAACAGAUAAUAAGAUGCAUCCCGUUUACUACAUGAGCAAGAAGACAUCCGCUACUGAAAAAAAGUAUCACAGUUAUUAUUUAGAAAUAUUAGCUAUUGUUGAAGCUGUUAAAAAGUUUAGAGUAUACUUGCUAGGUAUUAAAUUUAAAAUUGUUACAGACUGCUCCGCCUUGACUAUGACAUUGCAGAAAAAAGACUUACCUCCGAGAGUAGCUCGCUGGGCGCUCUUACUUGAAGAAUAUGACUACACGAUUGAACAUCGGCCUGCAGCAAGGAUGAAACAUGCAGAUGCUCUCAGCCGACAGCCUAUAAAGAAUAUAAUUGUACUUACCGAUACCGCAGCACGCCUGCGAAGAGCUCAAGAUGAUGAUCUGCAAAUAAAACUAAUAAAGAAAGUAUUAGAAAAGGAAUCUUAUGAUGACUAUGUUUUAGAGAAUGGAAUGUUAUGGAAGAUUAAGGAUGGAAAUAAAUUAAUGGUUGUACCUAAGAAAAUGCAAAAUGAAAUUAUAAGAAAACAUCAUGAAAACGGACAUUUUGGUUGUGUUAAGACUGAGGAAUUAAUAAAUAGAAAUUAUUAUAUGGAGAAUUUAAAAGAAAAGAUUAAAACAAACAUUGAUAAUUGCGUGGAAUGUAUACUUAAUUCAAAUAAAAGAGGAAAGAAGGAAGGAUUUCUACAUGUAAUAGAUAAAGGUGAUUUACCAUUGUCUACUUACCAUAUUGAUCAUCUACGACUGUUGACUCAUCUGGGACAGAUGAUUCUGCAGGAUGACCGUGUGGGAAUAGGAUAAAUAAUUAAGAUUGUAUUUCAUAACUACUUUUAUUUUUAGUCUGUGCUUUUCUAUUAUUUAAUCUGUGGAUAUGUUAUCUGUAGACUGUAAAACGAUCUAUGUUGUCUAUGACUUGACUUUGUGUUUUUUGGUACGAUGUAAUGGAGGAUUGUUAAAAUGUAUUUUUGAUAUGUAACCGGUGUCUGGGAAAUAAAUCGAUUGGGCGAA